UAUAAGUAUAUUAAUAAUAAUACUCGUUGAGAGAUAUUUUGUUUGGAAUUCCAAAUUAACUAUAUUUCUGGCGUUUGUGAUAUAAUCACCACUUUAUUAGCUUUGAUAUUAUAAUACAUUGUAGAUUAACAGUUCUUGUAAAGCAAAUACUCAAGUCUAGUAAUAUUUAUAAGAAAUAGAAAAAUACACUUCAAAAAUGUACAAGGGCUUUGAGGAUUUAGUUUUCACGUAUGAUGAAAUGUUCAUCUUGUGUGAACUAGAAUGCAGAUCCCGGCUGGGUUCUGGUGUUAGCGGGACCGUGUAUAAAGUUGCUUUUGACGGUAAGUACGCCUGCUUGAAACUGGGCAAGUGCCUAGAGGAUGCACGAGCCUAUGAAGAGGAGGCGAAGAUUCUGAGUGUUUUGAAAGGAGCUGGCGGAGUUCCUCUAUUAGAAUGCUUCUGUAGCAACUUCCCCGCAAUGGUAAUUUCCUUCAGGGGAGGCACUACCCUACACGACUUUCUAACACACAGUCAAAAUCUUUCCCUACAUGUGUUAAUUUUGAUAUUUAUCCAAGUGGCCAAAGAUCUCCAGGAGAUCCAUGCACAUGGAUACAUCCAUAAUGAUUUAAAGGGAGAUAAUGUACUCAUCAAUGAGCCUGAAGAGGGCCUCCUCGAGGUAAAUAUCAUAGAUUUGGGUCACGCCAAAAGGAAAGGAUGUCGCAUGGGAUGGGUUCACACUGAGGACGACCAUGCCAGGUUUCCACACUAUGCUCCAGAAGUUUUUUUUGGUGACCCUUGCACACCACAAGGUGAUGUUUAUUCCUUGGGCCAUCUCAUGGCUAAACAAUUUGGACAUUACCUGUGCAAGAAGAAAAUAGACUGGCCUCCAGUCUUACUAAACCUGAUAGAUAAAAUGAUGCACUCUCAGUGGUUCAAAAGGCCAACUAUACAGGAGGUUAUUGAAUGGUUAGAAUUUGUUAUAAAUCCUUUCAAAUCAAUGAAAAGCCAACCAGUUGCUGACAGCCUCAACCAGACUUCAGGAAGGACCUGUGACAAUGUUUCUGUGUACGACUCUCCAGAAACAGACGCCAAGACCCCACCAGAAGCCAAGACCCCACCUUCCACUCCCUCUCUUCCUUCCCCUCCAUAUCUUCCUUCCCCUCCCUCUCUUCCUUCCCCUCCCUCUCUUCCUUCCCCUCCCUUUCUUCACCAAGACUCCACCACAGGUCACGACCCCGUCACAGGCCAAGACCGCAACAUUGACAGACGCUGCAACAGUAACCGACGCCGCAACAGUGACCGACGCCGCAACAGUGACCGACGCCGCAACAGUGACCGACGCCGCAACAUUGACCGACGCCGCAACAUUGACCGACGCCGCAACAUUGACCGACGCCGCAACAGUGACCGACGCAGCAACAUUGACCGACGCCGCAACAGUGACCGACGCUGCAACAGUGACCGACGCCGCAACAGUGACCGACGCCGCAACAGUGACCGACGCCGCAACAUUGACCGACGCCGCAACAGUGACCGACGCCGCAACAGUGACCGACGCCGCAACAGUGACCGACGCCGCAACAGUGACUGA